CCCGCGGUGGCGGCGGCGAUAUGGCGGACGUGCUGAGCGUCGGGGUGAACCUGGAGGCCUUCGCCCAAGCCAUCAGUGCCAUCCAGGCGCUGCGCUCCAGCGUGAGCAGGGUGUUCGACUGCCUGAAGGAUGGCAUGCGGAACAAGGAGACGCUCGAGGGCCGGGAGAAGGCCUUCAUUGCGCACUUCCAGGACAACUUGCAUUCGGUCAACCGGGACCUCAAUGAGCUGGAGCGGCUGAGCAACUUGGUGGGCAAGCCGUCGGAGAACCAUCCUCUGCACAACAGCGGGCUGCUGAGCCUGGACCCCGUGCAGGACAAGACGCCGCUCUACAGCCAGCUCCUGCAAGCCUACAAAUGGUCCAACAAGUUGCAGUACCAUGCAGGUCUAGCAUCUGGCCUUCUGAAUCAACAGUCUUUGAAGCGCUCUGCCAAUCAGAUGGGCGUGUCCGCCAAGCGCAGACCGAAGGCUCAGCCCACGACCCUGGUCUUGCCGCCUCAAUAUGUCGAUGACGUGAUCAGCCGCAUUGACAGGAUGUUUCCUGAGAUGUCCAUCCACUUAUCCAGACCCAAUGGGACGUCAGCAAUGCUUCUGGUGACCUUGGGGAAGGUGUUGAAGGUCGUCGUGGUCAUGCGGAGCCUCUUCAUCGACCGCACCAUCGUGAAGGGCUACCACGAGGACGUCUACACGGAGGAUGGCAAGCUUGAUAUAUGGUCCAAGUCCAACUACCAGGUGUUCCAGAAGGUGACCGACCACGCCACCACAGCCCUGCUGCACUACCAGCUGCCCCAGAUGCCGGACGUCGUGGUCAGAUCCUUCAUGACCUGGCUGAGAAGCUACAUCAAGCUGUUCCAGGCCCCGUGCCAGCGCUGCGGGAAGUUCCUGCAGGACGGCCUGCCCCCGACCUGGAGGGACUUCCGGACCCUCGAAGCCUUCCACGACACCUGCCGGCAGUGAGCCCCGCCCGUGCUGCCCGCACCUGUCUGCCCUGCCCCCACCAGGCAUGGAGCGCAGGGCCGAGCCUCCACGAGCAGACCCAUCUCUGGCCACUGCGGGGGCCAGGAGGAUGCUCCAGGGACGCCGUCCGAGCGAGCCGAGCAGCGCUGGGGACCGCUCCACCCCCGUCCGUCUGUGAAGCCCUUGCCUUGACUGUUACUGGGAUGAGCCAUGUGGCUGUGUUGCUUUUCUGUAACUUAUUUUUGUAAACAAUAAACCUUUUGUACC